UUAGGGAGUCGACGACUUUCUUUUUGAGUUUACUUGGGGUUGAAUCGCUGGGUAGGUUGAACUUCGACUGCUUCUCUUCUUGCCAGAGUCCAGAAGCAGUUAAACGGAGUCUUUGAUGUUGAAAUGGAAGGGUCCCAAAAAUUUGGAUCUUUUCCUUUUUCUUCUUCUUCUUCUUUUUUUUUGGGUCGGGUGGUGGGUCUGAAUGUGAUUAUUAUUCGAAGUCCAAGUGUUUCUAAAGCAGUUGUCUGCAUCUAUGACCUGAGAGGGCGUUUUUCCAAGAUGUUAGUGAUGCCGGGGAGGGCCGAAAGUACAGAUGCACAGAUAGAACAUGGCACUCAAAGCAUUUUGCACUCUACGCUGUAUGCGCAACCAUGGUGGCAUGGAGCUAGAAACAGUAGUUCAGUUACAACUGAAGAUGGGAGUAAUGGGCAAGAGGAGAAACAUGCUAAGAGCAUUGUAUCCUCAACGACUCUUUCAACUGGUGAACUCCUUGGAGUGAAUUCCUCCAUGGAACUUGUAGGCCACUCAAUUUUGCAGGUUCUGACCUCAUCUCUCUAUUCAGAUGCGCAAAUUGGUGGUCCUCUAACUUCUUCCUAUGGACCUCAAGCCAUGGUACCGCAUCUUUAUGGGGUUCAUGGUAGAAUGCCUUUGCCCCUUGACAUGGCGGAGGAGCCAGUUUAUGUAAAUGCUAAGCAAUAUCAUGGUAUUCUGAGACGGAGACAGAUACGAGCAAAGGCUGAACUUGAGAGAAAAGCCGUAAGGGGCAGAAAGCCAUAUCUCCAUGAGUCACGACACCAGCAUGCAAUGAGAAGACCAAGGGGUUCCGGAGGCCGGUUUCUUAACACGAAAAAGCUGGAUAGUGAAGAUUCCAGCCUUGCAGCAGAAAAAGCUGUGAACCCCAGUGUAGAUCUGCCUACACUAUUUGUCAAGACAUCAACUUCUCAAGGCUUUCCCACUAGGUCCGUGAGAGCAGAUUCAACAGGAGACAUGCUGAGACUCUACACUUCCUCUAAUGGGAAUGCUAGUGUCAAUGGGCUCUCAUCUUUGUACCAUUCAGAUGCUACUGAAUACAAGGGUAUGAGCUGCCUUGGUGUGGAGAAGGAAACCUUGCAGCUAUAUGAGGGCCCUAAUGGGGCCUACAAAUAGUGAAAACCCCUCCGUAUGGGGGUCCCCUGGGGCUGCACAUUGCUUGGCACUAUCGUCUUUUAUUUCCGUAAGAAAUAGCGGAAGUGUGCAAGGGGAAGGUUGCAGAUAUACAUCUUUCCCGAAUGGAGGACCCUCAGUUUGCUGUGCUCCGGCAAUUCAUUCUUGGCUGAUACGUGCUCUUUAAAUUUCGUGUUCUUAAGGAAGAGAGUUCUCACUGGUUGGCUUAUCAAGUUGCCAGCAGUUGUUAUAGUGGGUGUUUGAAUAAUCUCUUCUGUUUAUGUUUCUGAGGAUCUUGGGACAAGGUUAUUUAUGCUGUGUUUUAUGUUAAAACACUUUUGAGAGUUUCAUGAUUGA